UUCGGAUUUCGGACGCUUGUUUUGACUUUGUUUACAUUUUAAAUUUACAAAAAAUUACUACUGUUCAAUACUAUCAUAUCCAAGGACAUGGCCAAACGAAAUAUAAACUAUAUAAAACCAGAUGACCCACCGUUUCUAAAAGUUUUGAAGCAACAGGCCGGCUAUGAUGACAAAAACCACAAGUUCGAUGAAUUACAAAAUGCAGAAGGUGAUUUUGUUGAAGAUGACGACAGUGAACUACCCCAAGUAGUCGUGCUGAAACAGGGGGAUUUGACUGCCGAAGAGGCGGAGAUAGAAAAGAAAAGAUUAGAAAAAGAAGAGUUGGAAACAAAAGCAGAUUUGUCACAAAGGGUUAUAUUUAAAAGUAAGGUAAAGCCAGAUUCCGAGAGUAAAAAGCGAAAGGUAGACAGUAAAGCCUCAGAUAAAACGAAAAAACCUAAACCUAUUCUAUCAUUUAAUGAUGAUGAUUAUGGUUAUGAUGAUGAAGAAGACUGACAUUGAUAAACCAAAAUUGGUAGGCAAUGCUGUUACUUACAUUAAUUGUGUACUAUUAAUUUAAGGGUUAAAGUUGUGGAGAAACAUAUUAAAUAAAAGCUGAGAACAUAA